GAACUAACUUUGUUUAUAAAAAAAUUUAAUCAAUUUGGUUCCGAUUUUUUCGUUGUAGAUAACGAAAAAUUUCGGACGAAAAUAAUUAAUUUUCUAUUAAUUAAGUAGUUUAGCUUCUGUUUCAAAACCUAGUUCAAGGUGGAUUCGUUCACGAACUCUAGUCUGAUGAUGGGGGAGCGUAUUAUUAAAAUAAAGACGCUGAACCCUCACAUAACAUGCACAAUUUGUAGAGGAUAUCUAAUCGAUGCCACCACUGUUACAGAAUGUUUGCAUACUUUUUGCAAAAGUUGUGUUGUGAAGCAUCUGGAAGAAGAGAAUACCUGUCCAACAUGCGAUCUUGUGAUUCACCAAAGUCAUCCUCUGAAUUAUAUAAAUUUCGACAGAACUAUGCAAGAUAUGGUAUAUAAGUUGGUUCCCGGACUAGAAGAAAAUGAAAUCAAUCGAGAACGAGAAUUCUAUCGUGUUCGUGGAUUACCGUAUCCUAAAGAAGUGCCUUUAGAAAACGCUAAAAUUAAAGAAGAAGAAACCAAAGAAAAAGGAGCCGAAUCUGAUUAUCAUCGUUUCGACGAACAAGUUAAUAUAAGUCUGGAAUCUAUUGCAAACGAUCAUAUGAAAUCGUUGAAACGAAAGUACAUCCGAGUUUCUUCUCAAGCAACGGUUACACAGAUUAAGAAAUUCAUCGCCAAGUACGUUUGUGAUGGAAUGGAGAAAUACAGAGAUGUGGAUAUCUUGUGCAAUAACGAAUUACUAGGCAAAGAUCAUACCUUGAAGUUUGUUUACGUAACAAGAUGGAGAUUUCAAAAUCCUCCUUUACGAUUGCAAUACCGACCGAGCAUUCAAUUAUGACAAAUAUUUUCAUCUAAAAAGACCCCUAAAUCCAUUCCGUUUCUUUUAUGAAACUUUUAAAAACCGUAUACGCCUAUUCUUUAUUUUAUUAUCUACAAUCGCAAUAGCCAGAUAAUAAAAAGAAAUUUUUAGUAGGAGCAAUUUUUUAGAUCUCUUUUUUUUCUAUUUCUUUUUUUUUCGUGAACGUAAUAUUUUUUAUUUAUUUUAUUUUUCUCUUCUCUUUCCAUUGCGUACCGUGUUUGUACUUUUUGUUGUUUUAUCGUGUUAUUUUAUUUUUUAAAUUUCGACUCUAUGAGUAAGUGUGUUUUUGUAUUCAUGAAUUUUGUAAUAAAUUUUACGAAU